CAGUCAAACGAGUUAAACAAUUGACUCUGCCGCUGUCCUUUUUCUGUGUGCCGUUUGACAGCUGGAUUGGCUAGCCGGCUGACUUGCACCGGCGGAAAGGCAUUGGGCUGAGUAGCGCUAGGGCAGUAGCGCCAGUAGCGCCGCUGGAGACGGCGUCAACGGCGGCUUCGACUGCUGGGUUGUCGCUUUGCUGGGAAGUCAUAGUUAUGGCCUCGUUCGUCAAGAUCACUUUCUCUUGGACGACCCCGCGUACAAGAAGCUCCGCGAAUACUAUGACUCCGACGGCAAAAAACUCAGGAUUCUGGAUCUCUUCAAGAAGGAUCCUGACCGGUUCAGGAAAUUCAGCAUUAAAUUAGAGACGUCCGACUCUGGCGCGCUCUUGUUUGACUACUCCAAGAACAUCGUCAAUGAAGAAAUUAUGGCGAAACUAUUUGACCUCGUCAGGUCACGUAAGGUCACAUUGGCCCGUGAUGCAAUGUUUCGUGGGGAGAAGAUCAACUUCACUGAAGGGAGGGCAGUGCUUCACGUUGCAUUGCGAAACCGCAGCAAUACUCCCAUCAUUGUUGAUGGAAAGGAUGUGAUGCCUGGUGUUAAUGCCGUGUUAAAGCAUAUGCGGGAAUUCUCGGACUGUGUCAGAAAGGGUGCAUGGAAGGGUUACACAGGGAAAUCCAUCACUGAUGUUGUGAAUAUCGGAAUUGGAGGCUCCGACCUUGGUCCUCACAUGGUGACUGAGGCACUGAGACCCUACCAGUCUGGUCCAAAUGUUCAUUUUGUCUCCAACAUUGAUGGCACACACCUUGCAACGACCCUGAAAAACCUUAGUGCCGAGACGACUCUGUUCAUCAUUGCAUCAAAGACCUUUACCACCCAAGAAACUAUCACAAAUGCUCAUUCAGCAAAGGACUGGCUGAUGAAUCAUACCAAGAAUCCAGCUGAUAUUGCAAAGCACUUCGUGGCGCUUUCAACAAAUGAACCUAAAGUGAAGGAAUUUGGUAUUGAUGAGAAAAAUAUGUUUGAGUUUUGGGAUUGGGUUGGCGGCAGAUAUUCGCUCUGGUCAGCUAUUGGACUUUCCAUUGCCCUUUUUGUUGGUAUGGACAACUUUGAGAAGCUGCUCAGUGGCGCUUACUUUAUGGAUCAACAUUUCCUGAACGCUCCCGUGGAGAAAAAUAUACCAAUAAUCCUUGCUGUGCUUGGAUUCUGGUACUACAACCUUUUUGGUGCAGAGAGCCAUGCCCUUUUGCCUUAUGAUCAGUACAUGAGCAAAUUUGCAGCCUACUUCCAGCAAGGUGACAUGGAAUCUAACGGCAAAUACAUUACUCGGACUGGACAGAGAGUAGCAUAUACGACAGGACCCAUUGUCUGGGGUGAACCAGGCACCAAUGGCCAGCAUGCUUUCUACCAACUCAUUCAUCAGGGCACUCGCAUGAUUCCCUGCGACUUCAUUGCACCGAUAAAAACUCACAACCCAAUCAGUCAUGGAAUUCAUCAUGAGAUUUUGUUGUCAAACUUCCUUGCUCAGCCAGAGGCUCUCAUGAAAGGCAAAACUGAAAAAGAAGCCAGGGCUGAGUUGGAAAAGUCUGGAAUGAAUAAAGAUUUGCUUGAGAAAAUUCUUCCACACAAGGUUUUUGAAGGCAACAGACCAACUAACUCGAUUCUUGUCGACAAGAUAUCACCAUUCAAUCUAGGAAUGCUGAUCGCAAUGUAUGAGCAUAAGAUCUUCACUUUAGGCGUCAUAUGGGACAUCAAUUCCUUCGAUCAGUGGGGUGUUGAACUUGGCAAGCAAUUGGCCAAAGUCAUAGAGCCGGAGCUGAAAGGCAAAAAUGAAGUGUCUACUCAUGAUUCAUCGACAAAUGGCUUGAUCAACUUCAUCAAGUCCUACAACAAGUAGCUUUUUUGUCCAUGAUUUGGUGGUGUUAAAAUUACUUAAUGAUUCAAAGCAGCAUUUUCAAUUGAGCAACUAAACUUACAAUAAAGGCAGUAAUUUGGAAGCUGUGAGAGGCAUGUCAAUGGCUCUUGCAUUAUAAAAUAAAUGAAUGUAUGUCUUCAAACUACUGACAUUGUUUUGCAUUCAGAAUUACAUGUUAAGUUUUCACGAGUUUCUAGUUUUGCAACAUCUGUAGCGAAGUUCUGCUGGCGUUCAGAUUUCAUAAAUGCUAAUAGCAAGAUAUUCAGGGAGAAGGCUGUUUGAGUGAAACUGCUCCAGUAGGGAGCAUGUAUGUAAUCUCAAUAAAUGUUAUUGCUCAGUGUGUGCUGACUGCGUUUCUAACAUAUGCUCACUAUACCAAUAUAUUUCGCAAUAGAUCUGAAGCAGGCAAAUGGGAAAUACAACUUAGCUUGUGGUGUAGACUUUUGGUACCUUCUCUAGUUUUCCUUAGUGCGUAAGCUAUUAGUUAAUGUGUGUGCAUUGUACAACUGUGAUGUAUUUAAGGAAAAUAAAUGUUUGACAUAUUGGUCA